AGCGGGCUGGGGAGAAAAGUCAUCCGCUUUGCACAAAGAAUGACGGGAAUGACACAAUGGGCGCGGCCAUCUUAGAAGUUAGGUGUCCGUACAAGUGAAAACGCUGUCGCCGCUGAGGAAAAAGAGCAAUCGCACCCUGAGUCGUAUACCGCGAAAACGCUUCUAACUACCUGGGCAAGAGGAAGAUUUUUGAGGACAAAAAGGGUGUGGAGAAGCAACUGAGGUACGAGGAUAUUGUUCACCCCGUCAACGGAAAGUGAAAAAACAGCGACCAGCGGGAACCUUAUUUACGUUUGAGGGGCAUGGUCACCGCCCAGUGCAGGUCCUGGCUUCCUGGGAUAAAAUAUUUCCUAUAAGGGAAGGAAGUGAAGGUAUUAAGAUCAAUACAUCAUCUUUGACCAGUGACCAGCUUCAGAGAAAAGCCAGAGUCAACAAUAGAACAAAUAUUCCCGUUGCUGGCUGUAUCUAAGGGCACCAGAAAAUGCCCAAGUCCCAAAGCUCACUGUCAUUCAAGGAUGUAGCUGUGGGUUUCACCUGGGAAGAAUGGCAGCUACUGGACCCUGUUCAGAAGAAUGUGUACCAAGAUGUGAUGUUGGAAAAUUAUAGCAACCUGGUAUCACUGGGUAUCAGGUUGCCAAAGCAGAUGCAUUAUUCUGGUUGGAGCAAGGAAAACCAUGGAUGCUAGAGGAAGAAAUCCAGAGUCAGUUUUGUCCAGAUCUACCAAGAUGGCCGCGCCCAGAGAGCCGUGGCACACGGUGCGGACAUGUUACGUCCCCGAAGAGAAGCCUAAAUCCGAGCGUACUAGCGCUGCAGCAUUGACUCGCGUCCUCGUCGGCCGCCGUAGGCCGGUGCCAAUGCUGGGAUUUAAGGGCCAGAAAAAGAAGCAAUCGCGGAAUUUAGAUGUAGGCAGGAGAAAAUCAGAUCCUGGCUCCCCAGAAGCAAGAGACUUCAAGCGAAGGAAGGAGGAGGUUCCUGGAUGUGGAUGUCAUCAUUUCUGGGAACACUUUUAAAUGGAAACUCAGAUUUCACAGCCAAAAUUUAGGGAGGAUCCAGAAGAAACCAAAGAUGAAGGAUCCCAGUUCUUGGAUAUUUCCUGAAACAGAAGAAAAUGACAGAGGCCCAGGUGACUUUUGGUUUGUUUUAUUCUUAACGCGGUUCCCUGAUGGAUUUGUGGAAGUCUGAAGAAAUCAGUUCCUUUACAUUAAAAGUAUAAAUUGGAAAAAAUGAGCUCUGGGGAGAAACAGACUUAGACUGUACCUUUUAACCAGGACACAGUGGGAUCAUGAAUACAUUGUUCACAUAGCUCACACGUGACCAGUGUUGGCCUAUGAUGUGUGACUCUGCCGGACCCUGUUGGUUACAUUAAGUGUCAACUUGUAUCCAAAAUCUUUGGCCACCAUCACACCCAGAAAAUCAUGGAAUCACUGACCCUGAGGGAUGUGGCUGUGGACUUCACCUGGGAGGAGUGGCAGCUCCUGGGCCCUGCUCAGAAGCAUCUGUACCAGGAUGUGAUGUUGGAGAACUACAGCAACCUUGUGUCAGUGGGGUUUCAAGCUAGCAAACCUGAUGCCCUCACCAAGUUGGAACAAGGAGAACCGCUAUGGGCAUUAGAAGAUGAAAUCCACAGUCCAACUCAUCCAGAAAUUGAGAAAGCUGAUGAUCAUCUGCAGCAGCACUUGCAAAACCAAAGAAUACUGAAGAGGAUGGGGCAACACUAUGAGCGUGGAAGAACUUUGACAUCGUGUUUAGGUUUAACCAACCAGAGCAGAAGAUACAACAGAAAGGAGCCUGCUGAGUUUAAUGGAGAUGGAGCUUUUCUCCAUGAUAAUCGUGAACAAAUGCCUAUGGAAAUGGAAUUCCAUGAAAGUAGAAAACCCAUCAGCGCUAAGUCACGAUUCCUUAAACAUCAGCAAACAUGCAAGAUACAGACAGCCCAUGAAUGCACUGACUGUGGGAAAGCUUUCCUCAAGAAGUCUCAGCUCACUGAGCAUAAAAGAAUUCAUACAGGAAAGAAACCCCAUGGGUGUAGCUUGUGUGGGAAAACCUUCUACAAGAAGUACAGGCUCACUGAACACGAGAGAGCUCACAAAGGAGAGAAACCGCAUGGGUGUAGUGAAUGUGGGAAAGCCUUCCCCAGGAAAUCUCAGCUUACUGAACAUCAAAGGAUUCACACGGGAAAUAAGCCCCAUCAAUGCAGCGAAUGUGGGAAAGCUUUCUCCAGAAAAUCACUACUCAUUGUACAUCAGCGAACUCAUACAGGAGAGAAGCCUUACACAUGCAGUGAAUGUGGAAAAGGCUUCAUUCAGAAAGGCAAUCUCAUUAUACAUCAACGAACUCACACUGGAGAGAAACCUUAUGGAUGCAUUGACUGUGGUAAGGCCUUCAGCCAGAAGUCUUGCCUUGUAGCACGUCAGAGAUACCAUACAGGAAAGACUCCCUUUGUAUGUCCUGAAUGUGGGCAACCCUGUUCACAGAAGUCAGGACUCAUUAGACAUCAGAGAAUUCACUCAGGAGAGAAACCCUAUAAAUGCAGUGACUGUGGGAAAGCCUUCAUUACAAAGACAAUGCUCAUUGUACAUCACAGAACUCACACGGGAGAGAGACCCUAUGGCUGUGAUAAGUGUGAGAAAGCUUACUUCUAUAUGUCUUGCCUUAUUAAACAUAAGAGAAUACACACAAGGGAGAAACAAGGGGAUUCAGUGAAGGUGGACCGUCCUUCCACAGCAAGUCACAGCUUAAGUCCUAGUGAACACACGCCGGGGAAAAGCCCUGUUAAUAUGGUGACUCUGCAGAUACCUUCUGUGACCCCACAGAUGCCAUUUAACACCAGCGGGCUCCUAGCAGAUAGGAACGUAGUCCUUGUGGGACAGCCACUUGCCAGAUGUGCACUCUCGGGAGAUAAUAGAAGCUUUGCACAGGACAGAAGCCUUACAAAUGCAGUGAACGUGGUCGUGCCUUCAGUCAUCAAUUACAUCUUCUUUUAUGUUACAAACACAUAAUUGAAAACUGUAUAUUAAAUGCGAAAAAGCCUUGACCAAAAGUAUCUAGUUGAUUAUCUGGUUAAGUCCUCCAUAAGAUUUCAAGCUUGUUUCAAUACAAAGCUUGAAAUCCUGUGAAUGCAGAAAGUAGGAAAGCCUCUUUUGGAAGAGGGACCCUAUCAUUGGUGAUCACCAUGGCAACAGUGAGCUCAUAGUGGGUAGAAAUACAGUGAUGGUGGGAGAGCCUUUGUCCUUAAGAGGUGUCAGUACACACUGGAGAAAAACUCCUGGAAGGUAGUGAAUGUGACAACAUUUUCAGUGGUACAUUCUGCCACAUCCUUUAGCAGGUGAAAUCAUAUAGAAAUAAAACACUGUGAACCCACUACUGUGAAGUGCCUUUAUCAAAAUAUUAAAGUACUCUUGAAACAAAGAAGCCCCGCAGAAAUGAGGAUUGUUUGAGAGCUUUCUGUUCCAUUCCUGACUUCAUCAUAUGUCAGAUAGUAUAACUGAUGUCUCUUUUUGGCCAGACUAUCUUGAACUAUUACUAUUUACUGUGUUAAUUAUUCCAAAAGUUAAAGGAGAUAGUGUCUGCCCCACAUCACUGGUUAAGGUUAUCACAUAGAGGGAGGAAAAAAGGAAAAAUUAAUCGGGCAGACAGCUAAAGCUGGCCUUCGGCAAAAUUAUUUUAAACAGAAAGUCUGAAAAAUCAAGCACAGGCACGAACAGAGCAGAGUGGGGAAAACUCAGGCAGGAGCUACUCUGAUAAGAAAGUAAGGCCCAGUAUAGAAGCCUUUUGUUCUUUGUGUGAUUAGUGGGCUCCCAGGAAGAAGUUUCCUCCCCUUUUCAGGCAUGUACAUAGUGAACUCCAUGGGAGCUUGCAGGGGGAGUGAGGAGUCUUACUUAAAACAGACCCACAGUUACACAAACAGGAGAAGCUAUGCUUUGUGCUUGCCUAAAGACAGCUACACAGAUAAGGGGAGUUGCACAGACAGCUUCACAGAUAAGUUACACAAAUAGCUACAGAGAUGAGUUUCAUAGAAAAGCUUUUGAAUUCAGUUGUAAAAAUGGCAACCCAUUCAGGCUCCCUUUCUGCUGUGGAGAGCUUUCUUUUUUCACUUAUUAAACUUUGACUCCAACCUCUCCCUUUGCGUCCAUACUCCUUAAUUUUCUUGGUUGUGAGACAAAGAACUCUGAUACCUCACAACCAGGGACUGCUACAUUGUGAUGCACUGGUGAGACUGUAACAACAUUAUAUUCACUUCUCCCAUUUGUGGGUUCCUUUUUUUAAUUGUCUAUCUUCAGUGCCCAACCAAGAUCAUAUGACGAUUAGCUGUUAAAUUUCUGACCCUAAAGUUAAUUCAAUAUUAUUUCAGAAAAUGAGUCCUUCAAAAAGAAAGGGUAAGGGACAGGACCAAGGAAUACCACAGUGCUAGGUUCCCUCCAGUGGGGCCAGAGACAGCUGAUCUUUCCAGUUAGGUGUGCAACAUAUCAGACGUCAAGUUUAUAUAGGAUGUGACCUCCCUUCCUGGACUAGGCAACUGAAGCUGAAAGGUUUGGGUCAAUCAACAGGGACUGGUAUAAACAGACUGGGUUCCUACCCCAACUCAGCCCAACCCCUAUCCAAUAGGUAGGGAACAUCUGAGGCCCCAGGAGAGUUAGGGGGAGGGCACUAAUCUAUCAAUAUGCUUUUUUCACAAUGAGAAGGCAGCAGAGACCUGGAAACAUAAAGCUUUCCUUAGGCUCUCCCAAGCUCUGGCCACCAAGAGUAACCUGAUGAAGCCCUGCUGGAUCUGCCAUCCUGGCCCACCUGUCACCACCUAGAGUGACCCUCUCAUCCUACCAGUGAUAAACUACACCAGUAUACCUAACAUGACAGCGUAUACCAGCAGAACUCAAGUGGCUUACUGGCUUACCGAACAUGGGAAGGAAGCAGAGGUGCCCUGUUUUAACUUAACCAACUGUGACAAAAUGCCACAGCCACAACUAACAAAACCUUGGUGGCCUGGCACUUUGAUGCACCACACUUUUGAUUACAUGAAGAGCGUCCCACUGGUGAUGAUGAAAAGACUGGAGUGUUGUUAGCCAUUUGUGCAGGGGCUUCAUGAACAACAUUGUGUGGGAGAAACUAAGUUCCUGUAACAGGUUUGAGACUUGGAUGGCAAACACCAAUGCCUCCACACCCACGAAUGGGCCACUGAACAAGAAAAUGGAGAAGGGGUGUUGUGUGCACCUGAGAGCUACACCUACAUUUUUCUCUGUGGGUGGUCUGGGGUUUAUACAAAUAUAGGACAGGCAAUGUCAUGCCUGAUCCAAAUUGUUGUUUUCAGAAUCCUGGGAGUAUGAACUUGUAAACUCCUAGAUAACUGACCAGCUGCAACCUUCCUUGUGGAAUGGAACAGACCCAACAUUCAUCCUGGCAUCUAUCCUCAUUGCCUCCCACUGCAGAAGUACUCUCAGUUAAGUAUCCUCGUGCCUUAUGAAAAGAGAUCUUUAAAGGAGAAUCAACUGUGUCCUGGUAUCUCAUGUUCCACAGAGAGCUGAAGAGGCUAAACAUGAUUAGGGGAAGACAAGGAGGUUCUGGAAGAGCUGAAUCUAGUUGCAAACUGGAAUACUGCAGGUCUUUGUCCAAUCUGGAUGAUAUUUUCCGAGGCUGAUAGAUACAAUAAUUGAACUGUGGUCAGUGGUAAUGUCAAUAGGUGCUGGUACAAAACUGAUGCUAGCUUAAGGCUGAGGUCAAGUCUAUUACUGGAAAAGUGAUAUUUGAGGAAGGGCUUCAGAUCUUACCACUUAGGCCUGUCAGUAGGUAAACUGUCUUAAUUAGGGCAAGUUAAAAAAAAAAAUCAGUGUAUUGUGGAGAAAAGAAAGAGAGAUCAGACUUACUGUGUCUAUGUAGAAAGAAGUAGACAUAAGGAACUCCAUUUUGUUCUGUACUAAGAAAUUCUUCUGCCUUGAGAUGCUGUUAAUCUGUAACCCUAGCCCCAACGCUGUGCUCGCAGAAACAUGUGCUGUGUUUACUCAAGUUUUAAUGGAUUUAGGGCUGUGCAGGAUGUGCUUUGUUAAACAAGUGCUUGAAGGCAGUAUGCUUGGUAAAAGUCAU